ACACUUUCCAUUGAUAAACUAGGUCCUAUUCUAAAGUGUUAAUUAAAUCAGAAGUUAUUAAACCUUUUCCGGUGAAAAUUCAGCAAAGUAUCUCCUCUGGAUCGCCCGAAAUCUUAGCGAAAAUCUGCGAAAUUCCUUGCGUCGUGUAACGUUCAGACGUUAACGUAAACUAGCUAACACUAGCAUAUGUUAGCAUAAAAGUGGAGCUUUUGACCUGUUCGUGGCGCUGGUUGAGAUGUCCGGGACUUAUCUCGAGAAGAUGUCUCACUCUGCGUCAACAUGUUGGACCUGAACUACAGACUGACGGAUGAUACAGGAGGACAUAAUUCACAAGGGUGUGAUCGGCCGAGGCUUGCAUGGUGGAGUCUUGAUCGAGCCCAUCCUCUCCCUGCCUCUCCCCGCUCCGCUCACAAGGUGAAUAAAAUAACACCGUUGGCCGCUAUGAGACGAAUAACGGGGAAGGCGAAGGAUGAAACUUUGAUCGAGCUGCAGAGCGCGACGGAUUCUCAGACAGCAGAUGGUCCUGCAGUGUUGACCGCAUUCAGGAUAAACCUGCACUCAGAUGAAAAUGGAGGAAAUGGCAUCAACUCAUUAUCUGAGACAUCAACUCUGCCUGGACAUACAGAGACAGACAAGCUGCAGCCGAACAAAGACACCGUCUUCUUCAGGGACGGCGUUCGGAGGAUAGACUUUGUGUUGUCCUACGUAGAUGACAAGGAUGGAGAGAAGAAGCAGGACAGGAGGAGGGAGUUUGAGGCCAACCUUGAGAAAGCAGGACUGGAGCUGGAGACGGAGGACAAAGCAGACUCCAAAGACCAAAAGACAUAUUUCUUGAAGAUCCACGCUCCGUGGGAGGUGCUGGCCACCUACGCCGAUGUCUUAAAAAUCAAAGUUCCCUUCAAGCUGAGUGACAUCCCCCACGGUCAGGAUGUCCCUCUGGAGUGGCUCUCCCAUCCUUUCCGCCUGCCGGAGCACAUCAUGCGUCCUCAGCCCGACUACUUCACCUACCCCUUCGACAAGGCCAAGACCGACUUCUUCCUCAUCAAUGACAAGGACACUUUCUUCCCGCCUUCCACCAGGAACAGAAUCGUGUACUACAUCCUGGCUCGUUGCCCGUACUACAAAGACUGUCUGCAAGAAAAGGAUAAGACGGGAAUCAAACGUCUCAUCAGCAAUGGGACGUAUACCACUGCAUUUCCAGUACAUGAUUGUCGUUACUGGAAAAGGGCAAGAAAUGCUGAGUGUGAGAGUGAGCGCUACAACUUGUACAAACACUGGGCCCGCUUCCUCUGCUUCUACAAAGAGCAGCCUCUCAACCUCAUCAGAAAGUACUACGGCGAGAAGAUCGGGAUCUACUUCGCCUGGCUGGGCUUCUACACAGAGAUGCUGUUCUUUGCCGCCGUCAUGGGCGUUAUAUGUUUCACCUAUGGAGUGCUCAGUUAUGACGACAACAUGUCAAGUAAAGAAAUAUGUGACCCUGAUAUCGGAGGCAGCAUCGUGAUGUGUCCACUCUGUGAUAAAAAGUGUUCUUUCUGGAAGCUCAACUCUACGUGUCUCUCAUCCUGGCAAUCCCAUCUGUUUGACAAUGAGGGAACGGUAUUCUUUGCCAUAUUUAUGGGGAUUUGGGUAACUCUGUUUUUGGAGUUCUGGAAACGUCGUCAGGCCCGGCUUGAGUAUGAGUGGGACUUGGUGGACUUUGAAGAGGAGCAGCAGCAGCUUCAAAUCCGGCCCGAGUUUGAGAUCCGGUGCACCAACAGGAGACUCAACAAGAUCACUCAGGAAAUGGAGCCAUAUCUCCCCGUCACCAGCAAGUGUGCUCGCUUCUGCCUCUCGGGUGCCACUGUUUUAUUCUGGAUUUCUCUGAUCGUGGCGUGCAUCAUCGGGGUGAUAGCGUACAGGCUGGCCGUGUACGCUGCCUUUGCAAGUAUCAUUAAAGACCCAAUGAGGAAGAUCCAGGUGGUGGGCAGGUUCAUCACCCCCCAGCUGGCCACUUCUGUCACUGCCUCCUGCAUCAACUUUGUCAUCAUCAUGAUCCUCAACUUCUUCUAUGAGCGGGUGGCCGUUUGGAUCACUGAUAUGGAGAUCCCAAAGACCCACCUGGAGUAUGAGAACAGGCUGACCAUGAAGAUGUUCCUCUUCCAGUUCGUCAACUACUACUCGUCGUGCUUCUACGUGGCCUUCUUCAAAGGGAAAUUUGUGGGUCAUCCCGGCAAAUAUUCCUAUAUGUUUGGCAGCUCGAGCAAUCUGAGAAAUGAGGAGUGUGAUCCUGGAGGCUGUCUGAUCGAGCUGACCACACAGCUGGUGAUUGUUAUGUCUGGAAAACAGCUGUGGGGGAACAUUCAGGAAGCUCUGCUGCCGUUGAUGCGUAACUGGUGGAGCGGCAGAAAAGGACGGCAUCAUCCUGAGAACCAUUACAGCCGCUGGGAGCAAGACCACGUCCUGCUGAACUUCAGCCAGCUGGGCUUGUUUUACGAGUACCUGGAGAUGGUGGUCCAGUUUGGCUUCAUCACGUUGUUUGUGGCCUCUUUCCCCCUGGCUCCGCUCCUGGCUCUGUUCAACAACAUCCUGGAGAUCAGGGUGGACGCCUGGAAGUUCACCACUCAGUUCAGACGGCCGGUGGCGUCCAAGGCCCGAAACAUCGGAGCGUGGCAGGAAAUACUCAACGCAGUGGCCAUCUUGUCUGUUGUUACCAAUGCUUUCAUUAUGGCGUUUACAUCAGACAUGAUCCCCCGUAUGGUCUUCCUGUAUGCCUACGGUAAUGACAGCACCAUGACGGGCUACGUCAACAACAGCCUGUCACUUUACAACAUCUCUGGGAUAGAUGAGCGCCACAUGCCCGAGGACAGAGACGACUGGUUUCUGAACUCCACAUCCACCUGCAGAUACCGUGACUACCGUUACCCUCCGGGCCACGAGAAGCAGUACCAACACACCAUGCAGUUCUGGCACAUCCUGGCAGCCAAAAUGGCUUUUAUUAUCAUCAUGGAACACGUGGUGUUUGUGGUGAAGUUCUUCGUGGCGUGGAUGAUCCCGGACGUCCCGUCAGACGUGAAGGCUCGGAUUAAACGAGAGCGCUACCUGAUUCAGGAGUACCUGCACAACUACGAGGUGGAGAGGCUCAAAAUGCAGCUGAGCGCCAGUUUCAUCACAGAGCCGCGGUCAGACAUGUCCUCGAUGACGGACAAGCAUGAAGUGGUGCCCGAGUGUGUCUAGCCUCCUGCUUCGCCAUUCACUAACUAACUGAGCCAAGAACGGACACGUCUGGGAGAUUUCUCCUCACUGAGAACAUCCAAGGGCUUCUGUCUGUGGGAUUAAAAUGCGAAAAAUGCUCUUCUAUUGCUGAAUGGACUCCUAUAUUAGGAUCUGUGUAGAGGCAUCAGAGCAAAUCGAAUGCAACUUUUCGGUUUGCGUAGAAAAAAUUCUUGAGUGUUGAAAAAUUCCCGUGCCAUAAAAAGAUAGAUGGAAAAUAACAAUGAAGAGCUAAAAAGACUAUAACUGCCGCUUCUAUCACUCCCCAUGUAAUGCCUUCAAACUCUCCAUUUGUCCUGACUAGGGAUGGCUAUAUAUCUAUAUUGGUGUUUAUCGCAGGCUGUCCUCGUGAAUGCUUCGUAGUUAUUCCGCUGAAAAGUAACAAACUUAGUUUCAUAGGUGUACCACAAGUCUGUUUCUGUGGCAUAGAGACCACAAACUCAUUCAGGAUGGGCGGGAAACGGGCUGGUUAAAAAAAAACUUUGGACUUUGACCCAUUUGUGUCCAGUUGAACACUUCACUAAUUUUCUUUGCCCCUGAUGUAACUGCGUCUCAUAGUUCUGAUAUUCUAAUUUAGGGAUGGGCAACUUAAAUGCUGGAGGGGGCCACAAUUUUUCAUGGACACUACCACAGGGCCACAUAUAGGACCGUGUACUUAACCAGAUAUGAUGAAACUGCAAUUUGAAAUAUGUUUACAGUGCAGUAACUUAACAUAUUUCAUGCUCAAAUGCAUGUUUAACUGUAUAAAUAGGAAUACAAAAGGAUUGAAGCAAAUAAAAAAUUACCACUUACUGUGAUUUCUUUUUUUCAGUGCAAGAACCAACAUUAAUAGCAAGAAGUAAUUUUGUGCAUUUUUACACUGCACUUUUAAGAUUUCAUGCUCAAAUGCAUGUAGUUGUACGGAGGGCCACUUCAAGUGAGGGUGCGGGCCGUAUGCGGCCCCCGGGCCUCCACUUGCCCAUCCCUGUUCUAACUAAUUAUUUUAACCCUGUUAAUCUUUCAUACCCUAGCCUAAUCUUAAAUUGUCCAUAUCACAACAUUACUGUUUAAAACAGUGAUCGUCACCUCUUUAAAAUAGUGUCCUUGAAAAAAAAGCGGCCAAUAUUUUGUUGCAUAUCAUAAACGCAUUGCAAAAGUCUUCCUGAGAAAAUAUACUAACCCAUUCAUGAGAAUAUGCUGCUUAUCAAUCCCGAUACUUAUCUAUACCUUUAUUGAUAAUAUUCUCCUUUAUUUGGUGCAAAAAAUAAAGAUGUGAAAAGGUUAAACAAGUAUUAGUAAAAGGAGCUUAAACUUUUGAAGUUGCAUCAUCAUUAGGAACUUGAAAAUGCCAGCUAUGUUCAGAUUAAUUAUUACAUGAAUACAAUAAAUGCCGAUUGUAGCAACUUUUCCAGGAGCGUAUCAAUAUUUCGGUACUGAGCGGUCAAAAACUGGUACCAAUUUAGUACCGGUUCUCGAUAUCCAUCCCUAGUCAUGAAAAAAAGUCUCUGUAUGUGCUGGUAGAGUUAAAGUUUUGGUGUGACAUUAGAUGUAAUUAUCCUUUAAAUAGUCUGUCAUGAUGUCAUUUAUUAAAUUGUCUGCAUGUGAUUUCUAACGAGAAGACAAGAUGAAGGACUUAGCUGUUUAAGAAAAGAAGAUUUGUCUGUUGUAAAAACAAUGAAUGUAGACUUACAACUUUACAUUUUUGUUAAAUUGCUACAUAAUGUCCACUGAUCUGUAGCUGGACUAUGAGAUUGUUAGUGUUGUUGUCGAGUGUGUUAUGUUUAGGGAAAGGCUCUUAAAAACUGUGCAUUUAAAAAAAAAAAACAAGUACCUCCAUCAUACUGCAGUCUUACUGUACCAAUCUGAAGUGUGUAUCUCUCCACUCUGAGUCAGUAACAUGGUGAGACAGCAGCUGCAGGCUCAUGCAUCUCAUCUUUCACAUGUAUUUCCAACUUGCUGCGGGACCAAUUAUAAGAUUUCUACCAAAAAGAAAAGACAACGGGAAGAAAAUCUCCUGACAGAUUUUCAGUUUUAAUACAAUCAGUUUGUGUGUGUGAGUUUAGGUCACCGUGUGUCGACUUUUUACUUUAUUUUACUCGUCCUUGUGCUGCACAUGGAUAAUAAAUGGGCUAUAUUUCUGUUACAGAUUUCACAUUAUUGGAGUCUUAAUGUACUGCAGGCGUGAACUUUCAUUUCAGACGAGCAGAACGGAGGAAGAACUUCUUGUUCCCUGGUUGGGAAACAUGUCGGUGAAAAGAAGUGGACUUUAGUAACCUGUUCCUACUCUUAUCUGGUUACUAAAUGUUGCUGUAGAUAUAAAUAAUAUAUCAUCUAUUUAAAUGGGUUGUAGUGCAAUUAAUUUAUGAAUCUGCUUCUGCUCUGUAGUCUGAAGCUUUUGUAUUUAGAGUAACUUCAUAAUCCUCCUUUGAACAUCUGUCUCAACAUAAUUUGCAGCAACUAAUUUCUAAUUUUCUACUAUUCAUCAGCUCAUGACUGAUCAUCAAACAGUGUUAGUUCUCAAAGUAGAUUAAAUGCUAUAAAUUACUACUUUGUAAAGGAACCAGAGAAGUAAAAUAAAAAUCCUGUGUUGGAUUUCUUUUCAUUUAUGAGAUACAGGAUCACUUUUCUAUCUUCUUAAGCUUAACAUACAUUAAGAUAUGUCUGUGUUUAUACUGAAACCUCUUUCUAAUCUUAUAUGUAAAUGUUGCAGUUGUGAUUUCAGCAAAAUCAUAUUCGACUGUCAAAAGCUAAGCGUGACUAACACAUCUCAGGAUUAAACAUCUACUAACGUUUGUUGAGCAUCACUUGUUGAUAUGCAGAUGUCAGACGUGAUCUUGCAACAUGCACGAUGUAUUUCCCAACAAACAAAAUGCCUUAAACCUCUGUGCUUACUUGUUUUUGUAUGAUGUUGUACCGACCAAGUUUCUAUCUGAAUUGAAAAACGUGUUUCAUAUCAUUUGUUUUGCUGCUGCGAGUCAUUGCAAACUAGCUGCUUUGUCUUGUUUGAUGUGCAUGUAUUGCUGUAAAUAUUUUAUCAAUUACAUUUUGAGUUCACUGCAGCCUAUUGUACAGAGAUGCUGUUAAUAUUCACAAUAAACAAAUAACUAACUA